CUCCAAAACCCAGAUCUUGUUCGGAAGAUUGGCAUUUCCACGAUGGCAGCGCAGCGCAAGAAGAAGGUGCUUGUCUCGGCGUCCAGCCAAGAGCUCCUCGACGGCCUCGUGCGUCCUGAGGCGUACGUUGCCGACCCGCACGCUGUGACCACGACGGAUGACGACGACGACGACUACGACGCCAUUGAGCUCAUCCAGACGCACAUGUCGAUGGUCUUUCUCCGGGCCAACGUCGUGUACAAGGUCAAGAAGAACGUCGACUUUGGCUUUGCGGACUUUUCGAGCGUCUACAAGCGCAUGCAAGCGUGCUUGGCCGAGACCCAGCUCAACCAGCGGCUCGCGCCCACCGUCUACCUCGGCGUCGUGCCCAUCUACAAGGACAAGGACAGCGUCAUCCGCAUGAGCACGUACGACUACUGGACCGACGCGCGCGAGAAGGACGCGACGUACUAUGCCAACGACGAGCUCGGCGAGAUCGUCGACUGGGCAGUCAAGAUGCGCCGGCUGCCCAACGAAAACACGUGUCUGCAUUUGCUCAAGACGGGCCAGCUCACGCCGACUCUGCUCCACGCGGUGGCGGCCAAGAUUGCGCGCUUCCACGUCACGGCGCGCAAGAGCCCGUCGAUCGACGCGUUUGGGAGCCCGAGUGCGAUCGCCGCCAACGUCAACGAGAACUUUGCGCAGACAAAGACGCACGCGCGCGCGGGCCUCGUCGACGCGAGCGUGUACGCCCACGUGAAGCGGCUCUCGGAGGCGAUGACGGCGGACCUCGAAGCGAUCUUCCGGCAGCGCGUCGAGCACAAGUACAUCUCGGACACGCACGGCGACCUGCGCCUCGAGCACGUGUACUUUCUCCCGACCGCUGCGAACGCACCGCUCUCGACCGCCCAGGUCGCGUCACGCUACGUGCCGCCGAUCGCGGCGUACGAGCUGACAACGUUGGACGUCUCGGCGCUCGAUGUCGUCGUCCUCGACUGCAUUGAGUUUAACGAGCGGUUCCGGUACAGUGACCCGCUCGCGGACGUGGCGUUCUUCUCGAUGGACUUGCUCCGGCUCGGGCGGCACGACCUCGCGCGGGACUUCAACAACGCGUACUUGGACGCGUCCAAGCAAGCCUCCAAGGCCAACAACCAACUGCUGCGCUUCUACACGGCCUACCGCAGCGUCGUCCGCGCCAAAGUCUCGGGCUUCCAGGCGCUCGACUCGCUCAUGCACGACACGGCGAAAUCCCGCGCCCGCGCUCAAUGCCACUGGCUCGUGGCUCUGAGUCUCUUGGCGCUGCCAGCCGACCGCCCCUUGCUCUUGCUGGUGACGGGCCUCCCCGGCUCGGGCAAGUCGUCGAUCGCCGAGGCGCUCACGGUCACCGACCCGCGCUGGGUCUGGGUGCGCUCGGACGCGGUGCGCAAAGAGCUCGCCGGCGUGCCCGUCAACGAGAAGACGCCGAGCGACCAAACGGACGACGUCUACUCGGCCGCGUCGACGCACGCCACGUACACGGCCUGCUGGUCGACGGCGCUCGAGGCGCUCACGCGGGGCCAGCGCGUGCUCGUGGAUGCCACCUUUCGGGAGCCUGCGUUUCGCUCGCUCUUUCUCGAGGGCGCCAAGCAGGUGGGCGUCAGCGUCGCCGUCGUGGUCUGCGACUGCAACCGCGAGAUCAUCAAGGGCCGCAUGGCCAAGCGCGACGAGGAGACCGUUCACGUCUCAGACGCGGACUGGGCCGUCUUUGAGAAGGUCGAGAAGAGCUGGACGCCGUUUGAGGUCGAUGCCAACCGCAUCUACAGCCUCUGCGCCACCGAAGUCUUUGAGGUCAGCACGGAAAAGCAAAAGGAGCUCAGCGUGCAGCGUAUUCGCGGCUUCUUGCGCAAGCUUGGAGUCGAGUAGUCGAUGCAUAACGCAAUACAGUAUUCCCGGUAGGUUGGCUUGUCGAUCGAUGCUCCUUGAUGGACACGAAGCAAGUGGCUGCUCAAGCUGUCGGCACCCUUGUGACGCACCGUCACGAACGGCCUUGAACGGUC